AUGUCUUCGACAAAUCUCAUGAGUUCGAACAAAGGACGUGCGGCGGCGAGUCCAUUGGUCGGUCAGUACUCUGCUUCUAUGCCGAAUAUAAUGCUUUUGACACCGGCUGAAACGGAUGAAAAGAAAAUUCUAGCGCCGACCAAGUCGAAAUCCCUACCGGCAGAACUCGAUGUGGCUGUGCCGGACACUUGCAGCAGUGUGGAUCUGCAGAGUACCGAGGACGCUGAGAUAAUGGACCUGCAGGUGGUGAUCACGAACGCGGCGGUCAGACCUAGGAACCGUAUCGUGUCUUCGACCGUUUCGUUAAACGACAUGGAUUUGUACUUGGCAAAGAGUCGUGCCAGCUGCUACGCCCAAAGCCGACUGAAAAAACUCUAUUUUUCCGCCCCAGACAUCAUGUCGACGACGCCCGAAACGGCCAAUCGUGUGCCGCCGUCCGCCACGAAUAGUCCUGCAGCAGAUGACGGAGUUGAAAACCCUGCUGACCGAACUGUGGCCGAAUUAUGUAGCGAUUCCGGUCAACUAUGUGUAGAGACUGCAGGACACAUAAUAUGUGACAAUAACGAACCAGGAGCAGGUGACCACGAACACGGUGACGGUCAAAGCCAUAAGAGCCGAUCGUUUUGGAAGCGUACUAAGAAAUUUUUCAGGCGCUUAUUAUGCUGCUCAUCUAGUCCCGAGGAAUAA